UGUACUUUUCUUUUUAUCUGCAUUGUUAUUUAUUUAGGUCAAGGUGUGAGUUAAAGUGCCUAAAAUAUUUUAAUUCUUUAUAAACCCUUUUAGACAGUAACAAUGUCGCUGAAGGCUUAUGAAGAUGCAUGUACUAGGGCAGAGCUUUUUGGUCAACCAUUACCUGAGAAAGAAGAAUUUUUGGCCAAACAUAAACACCUGGACGUAGUGGAAUUUGAAGAAGUGGAAAUUAAAACUGCAGAGAAUACUGCAAUGCUUAAUGAUACCAUCAAAGAAGGCAGCAGUGGUCUUGCAGAGCUAAAUACAAUAUUAAAUUCAACACAAACCAAAAUUAAUAGAUUAAAGGGCGUCUGCGGUAGCAUAACAAACUUCUUCAGGGUGAAACUGACAUCAAAAGACGAUCUUUCGUACUCCAGCGAGCCUAGCUACAUAGGCCAAACGAACUACAAAGAUUACAUCCCAGCACAAACCGAGAUAGGUUCCAUUAACCAAGGCCUCGGCCCGAACGACAACGAAAUGACGCCGCGUGCGAAACAAAAUGGCCGGCGAUCACAAAAUGGCCGCCAUUCACAGAACGACGCCGAUAUAAAUUCGGCAUUAGAAGAUUUAGAGGCUAUGCAGAUAAUGGACGAUCCAACGCAGGUUCGUAGAACUAUUGUAUGCGAUAUUUCUAAACAGGUUAAUACGCAAAUGAGCAAGUUGGACCAGAUGAUCAACCAAGCAGAUCGUGCCCAGGCAUCCCUGCAUCAUCAGAAUAAGCAAAUGCGAUCGUUCUUGCGAUAGACAGUUGUGAGUCAGUCAGUAGUCCUAGUUCUGAUGGUAACUUCGAUUUGGAUUGUUGAAUUGGUUGAUUAUACCUAAUGAGCUAACAAUAGAGUGGUGAAUUACUUGCAGAAACUAUAUCAGCACUAUACAUCUAUUUACAGCUAAACUAAGUUUAUUUAAAGUGUGUUGUGCAGUGGAAUACCAAACAAUACUUUGUAAUUCUUAUUCUUAUUAAUGUUGGAUGGUGUGUCUACUGUUUAUUGGCGGUCGUGUUGCUUACCAUCAGGCGAACGACAAGUUUAUCUCGACAUGCAAAGCAAUAAAAAAUAUAUAUAUUUCAGAGUCACGUUUACUUAGAAGGUAAUUCACACACAAAUUGACAUCACUUUGGCCACCAUCAAUGGUCACAACGGACAUUCAUCGAAAUUUUAUUUAGACUGCCCUAUCCUUACAUAAAGUCCAGAGAGUACUUUUCAAUGCUAGUUUAAAAAUAGAUCUUUUUUUUACGAGUGACGUUAAUAUUCCCGGGAGUUGUUGUGAUCAUGUAUGCCUACGUACUCGUUAGGUGAUUCAUUCUUCUGAUUCAUUAGGAUUUCCGGGAGUAUUUUCCAAUGGAACUCUCAGGGAAUGUAAGCAAACAUUUUACUCAAUAUUUCACAACGGGCAAAUGCGUGUACUACAUCAACAAUGAUAUUAAUCUGUGUCGAAUUGACUCCAUUUUCCCUGAAGUUCAAAUAUAUCUCGGACUAAAACCUACUCUAUAUUCGUGGAAGGAAAACUAAACGUAAUCUACCUGUACUGCCAUGGUAAGCGAGAAAGAGUUAUGUCAGGGAAAACUUAUUUCGCGAAAAUCAAAGUUUUGUCAAUAUAGUUUUAUGGUUUUGUAAAUAAGCGGCGAUAGAAUA